CUUUACACCUCUUACACAAUCCUUUACAAUCUCUCCGCCUCCUCUAUUUAAGCAUCUCUUUCUUAUAACUUAUUGUUUAGUACUGAGAGUUGCCUGCUAAAACUGUCGUACGAAACGAGUUGUUUGCUAAUUAAUUAGGGUUUGGUUAAAAAAUAAAUAAUCUAUCAAUCGGACAAUGAGCCGAGGUGGGAGCUCUGGAGGCGGACAAAGCUCGUUAGGUUAUCUUUUUGGGUCAGACAAUGAGAUUCCAAAAACUCCUCAACCGGUAGCCCCAAAGCCUGCACCACCGUACGGCGUAGAUCCCACCGAGGAAGAUGGAGCUGACCAGAAGCCCAAGAUCUCUAACAACAACAACUACCAAAGAGUUCAGGGCCAAAACUCCGGCAACUUCGUUACCGAUCGUCCAACCACGAAAGUGAAAUCGGUUCCUGGUGGAGGCUCAUCUCUUGGAUACUUGUUCGGAGAUAAAGUAAAGGAAUAAAUUGUGAAGAUAUAAAACUAGGGUUUGUAUCUUGCUCUAGUGAUCGGCUUUUACUAUAUAUUUAUAUAUAAUAUAUAUUGUAGAGAUAUCCUAUCUGAUCUCUACACUUUAGUAAUUUUAUUAUAUUUACGUACGGAAUGUGUGGUUUGAGUUUGCAGUUAAUUUCUUUCCACUUGUGGAAUAUAUAAAUGGUUUCUACUUUCUAGUCGAUAUUUUCAGCAAUAUAUAUAAAUAUAUUGAACAUUUGGACACUA